AUGGCGGCCCAAACUCUGGACUCCGAUCACGAAAAGAGGCCGAUCAUGGAUGAUCGUACGGACGGAGACGACCUCGACAAUAUUCUCUCCGAGCAACGCAGGGAGCUCAUGGCGGCCCAAACUCUAGACUCCGACCUCGAAAUGGCCUUCAAGCUCCAAAUGCAGGAAGCCAUGAUCGCCUCUCUCGCCCUCCCGCCGCUUCUGAUGCUCGAGGACGUCGAGCGAUUCGCUCAGGAGCUCCAGGACCACGAACGCACGGUAUUGGAAAUGAUGAAGGCGAAAGAGGAUCUCAGCCGUCGGAUUCACGAUCAGAAGUUCGCCGUCGAACUCCGCGACGUGCCCGAGGACUAUUGGGCCCAGCACGGCGAGUAUUACCAGCGUCCGUACUGUACGGACGGCGCGUCAUCAUCAAAACCUGCGGUGGUGGUGGAGACUGAGAAUUUGAGGCUGUAUUGCAAGGGUUUGGUGAGCGAGGAGAUGGUUAGGGAUGUCAAGUCCGUGGUGGGUGUCGCGAUCUGCGACCCGAUGGACAAUCUAAUAUUCGAGGCGAGGAAGAAUCUGGAGGCGGUGGUUGACGGCGUCAUGCUGAGCAAUGAGGCGGCGGAGCUCGAGGCCAUCAUUGAAGGGCUUAACAAUGCUCUCACUCUUGACUUGGAAGCUGUGACGUUUUUCUGUGAUGACUACAUGAUUUACCAAUAUGUGGUUUUUAGCAAAUAA